UAUCAUUUACGUAGGAGGGUAGGCGAGAGGUUAGGCUGGGACUUGUUGCUUGACCAGUAGUGUUCAUCUGGACUAGGAACAGGCGAGUCAUCCGGCAGUGACCAUGAUGAAAUCCACGAUUUCGUUAGGAUUGUGUUGCAUUCUUUUCUCAAUCAUCACUACGACAUAUGGUCAACCGCCAUUUCGGUCCUUUCCACGAUUUGUUCCUCCACGGAUUAUAAGGGGAUUUCCUGGACCACCAGGAUUCGGGCGAUUCGGAUUUAGGCCUCCAAUUGGCAGGCCAGCAUUUAUUGGAGGGGAAAUAUUCGGACCACCGCUAGUGGGUGGUCCGGGAAUCCGAGGUGGACCAAUAUUUGCCGCCCCACCAAACAAUGCCAUAUUCAAUGGAAAUCCAUUUGUGCCGCCGUUUUCUCCUGUAAAUGUUUUGAAUAAUGGUUUACAAGGAAACGUGGGGUUUCCGCCAAACACGAUUAUACAAGGAAAUUCAAUACCGAACACUGGAAUACCACCAAUUUUUGGAACCGGUAAUCAAAACACUGGCAAUGUAGGUACGACUACCAAUACAAUUGGGAACAUCCCAUUCGGCACGACAAACACUGGCCCCAGUACCGUCGUAACACAAGGCGCGGCCCCACCUCCGGGUAUCCAAGGUAGCGGUCUUCCCUUAAACGUUAAUUCCCGGUUUCCUGUCACAGCAAAUUCCGGUUUCCCUGCAAACGUCAAUACCGGUUUCCCUGUCACAGCAAAUUCCGGUUUCCCUGCAACCGUCAAUACCGGUUUCCCUGCCACAGCAAAUUCUGGAUUCCCUGCAACCGUCAAUACCGGUUUUCCUGCGAACAUUAAUUCUGCUUUCCCUGGACCAAUACCGAACACCGCUUUUCCUGGUUCUGGUCCUGGCUUUUUCGGAACCAUUAAUACUGGUAUUCCAGCAAAUGUACCCAAUAGAGGAGCCGUAGUGCCAGGCACAACCAAUGUUGUCGGCGGAACUAACACUAUAGCCGGAAGUGGUUUCCCGACAGGAAGUGGUUUCCAAACCGGAAGUGGUUUCCCAACAGGAAGUGGCUUCACAACAGGAAGUGGUUUCCCAACCGGAAGUGGCUUCACAACCGGAAGUGGUUUCACAAGCGGAACCGGAACUAGAACAUUGACAAAUCAAUUUCUAUUAAAUAACGGCGUUCCAGCUUUGGCACAAGUGAACAGUUUGGGAACACAGGUAACCAGCAAUACACAGACAGAUGGAAAUCAAGAUAACAUGGUCCUUGCUGCCGGAAACACAUUCGCAAAUCGAUUCACCGUCACGGGUGAAGGUGCUUCCCAAGCCGGUACGUUUGGGGGAGAAACUGGUGGUCCAACCUUCCAAGAUCCCACAUCUGGGCAGACAAUAUCGGGUAACACUCUGGUGAACACUGGAACGGAUACUGCUGUUCCAGUUGUGGAUAAUUUCGGUGCCGGUAUCCAAACCACCGGGACCCAAGGAACCGAUAUUUCUCCUGAUGUCGCUGUUAUUGGAACAAUCGGUACGACCGAUACUGGGGCUGUGGAUCCAAACACCCUCCCAACAACUGCCGUUGGGUCAAAAUGCCAGGCAACCGGAUGUUCAGCUGAUCAGCAAUGUGUGUUUGCCGGGGAGUAUCCUUGCGCCAUGUAUCUCGAAUCACUUGAAUGUCGCUGUCAAUCAGGUUGUCGCGUGAUGAACUUUUUUAUCCCCGAGGGUCAAUCCCGCCAGGUAGACAGCUGUGGAAACGUCUGUUCGUGUGACCAGACUGGGGAAAACAAAGGCACGGCGCGGUGUACGACGAUUAACUGCCCACAACAAUAAAUGGUGAAAUAAAGAGGGACAUUCUUCUAUUGGGGCGUCGAUCCAACUGCCAUUCGCCAAGGUCAAGGCCGGAUAUUUCUAUCAGUACUGGAGUUAAAGUAUUACAAAAGGAAACAUUAUAUCUGCUUAGAAUGAAUGUCAGCAAAUCCGAUUAUAUCAAAUUUAACAAAAAUGGAUGAAAUAUUUACGGAAUGUUUAAACUUUACAACUUCAAUAUCGGCCAAUUAACCCAAUUAAUUAGCAGUCUUUAAUAUCGGUCAAUUAAACUCCUUUAUCAAGAAAAGCACGGAGGAUAUAUUUACAGAUAAUUGAAUGGUUUAUUUUAUAUCUGUUUAUUGUUCCUCCUUUCAGACAUUUCAGACUGUGUGCUAAACAUGGAGUUUAAUCAUUAUAUGAACUUCUUUGAAAAGGAGACGCAAUCCAAAACAAUACUUGCGUUCUUAAAUAUCAUAUUGAAAGUAGGGGGGUAGAGGGUUGACAGAAGAACCUUAAUUCGAAUGCAAAAAUAAAUAAAAUAAAUAAAUAGAUGAAUAAAUAAAAAUACUAAUAAUAAUCUGAUGUAUUUACUACUACACAUUAAAUUCCUAUUCUGCUGCAAGGUCGACCAUUAAUACAUUUUAUUGCCAUCCUAAGCGAAGAUAAAUAACAAGACUUUGUGAAAGUGUAAAUGAAUGAAAGGGGUUUUUCCAGAGAAACUUAAGUAUUAAUAUACAAUGCAUAUAUAAUUGUUGUUUCUAAUGUUGUAUCAUGUUACAUUUACUUACAAUAUACAUACAUCAAUAUGUCUCAUUAAAUGUUGUUAAAAUUC